AUGCAGCUCAAGCACAUCGCUCUCGCCGCCACCCUGGCCGCCGUCUCCUCGGCCCAGUUCAACAUCCCCGCCGCCAACGGCAAGAAGCAGGUCCUCAACGCCCCUCGCCCCAUCUCGGGCUUCGUCGACCUCAAGUUCCAAGAGUUCGACCGCGGCAAGGCCUGCACGUCCGACAAGGACCAAGGCAGCGACGAAGCCGUCUUCGUCCUCAAGAACGGCGCGACCCUCGCCAACGUCAUCAUCGGUUCGGACGCCUUCGAGGGCGUGCACUGCGAGGGCUCGUGCACGCUGCAGAACGUGUGGUUCCGCGACGUGUGCGAGGACGCCAUCACGCUGCUGGGCUCGGGCAGCUACCGCAUCACGGGCGGCGGCGCCCAGAACGCCGUCGACAAGGUCAUCCAGCACAACGGCGUCGGCACCGUCGAGAUCAAGGACUUCACCGUCUCCAACGUCGGCAAGCUGUACCGCUCCUGCGGCGACUGCACCAACAACGCCGGCAAGAAGCGCACUGUCGUCGCCUCGGGCAUCCGCGCUUUCAACGUCAAGUCCGACCUCAUCGGCAUCAACAGCAACUACGGCGAUACCGCCACCGUCAGCAACUCGUGCGGUACCACCAAGAAGGUCUGCCAGGAGUACAAGGGCGUCAACAAGGGAUCCGGCAAGAGCGAGAAGCUCGACACCCCCACUGGCGCUUGCAAGGGUGCUCAGGGUGGUCUUGCCAAGCUCCCGUCUUGCUAG